AUGGCUUCAACUUUUCAUUCUGGCUUUAUAAGAGAUAUUUCUUCCAUAUUAAAUGAUGCUGACAAUUUCAACGUUAUUAUUAAAGUUGGUGAUCACGAAAACAUAGGAGAAUUUAAAGUACAUUCAGUAAUUUUACGUGCUCGUUCACCAUACUUUAAAAGAGCAUUUUCGGAUGAAUGGACCACUAAAAAGAAUGAUUCUAACACAUUUAUUAAACCAAAUAUUACUCCAACGGUUUUUGAAAUGGUUCUAAAAUAUAUUUAUACUGGUGAGCUUGACUUAAAAAACCAUCCUGGUGAAGAUAUUCUUAAUCUUCUAGUUGCAUCUGAUGAACUGCUACUUGAAGAAUUAUUUACUCAUGUUCAAGAAUAUUUAAUCAAUGAACAGGCAACUUGGGUUCAGAAAAAUUUUGUUCUCGUUCUUCAUACAGUAUUUAAACUUAAGGGCUGCGAAAAACUACAGGAUUAUUGUCUUAAAUCUAUUUGUGCGGAUCCUCAACCAUUUAUUACUUCAAAGAAAUUUCCCUCAUUAGAUAAAGACAUUCUAUAUGGCUUACUUAAGCGAGAUGAUUUUCCUGUCGAAGAAGAUGUCAUUUGGAAUUGUUUAAUUAAAUGGGGUAUUGAACAAACUCCUGGUUUGGGAAAAAAUAAUAGUGAUAGAACCAAAUGGAGUAAUUCAAAUUAUCAAGCAUUAAAGAAAACUUUAAAUCAAUUUAUUCCACUUAUUCGGUUUACAGAAUUUUCUUCUUCCGAAUAUUUUGAUAAGAUCCGUCCUUACAGAGCUAUUAUUCCUAAUAAUAUUUAUGAUGAUAUUGAAGAAUUUUAUUUUAAGGGUACCCAACCGAAAAUAAUCACUUUAACUCCACGAAUUGAAAAGAACAAUGUCUUAAUCGGAUCGGUUCUUAUAAAACCAAAACUUGCUAGUAUAAUUGCUGGCUGGUUCGAAAGAAGAAAUGUAAAAGCAUUAUUAUACAAGUAUAAAUUUGAUCUUUAUUAUCGUAGUAGCGCACAUGGACUCAAUAUAAAUACAUUUCGAAAUUACUGUUGUGGUAAAGGUCGAUGCAUAGUAUUAGUCAAGCAUCCAAGUUCAGCAAAGAUUUAUGGAGGGUAUAAUCCAAUUGGCUUUAUUAAUUCUUCUUCUGGACAAUGGUAUAAUACAACUGAAAGUUUUAUAUUUUCUUUUGAAAAUAGUGAAGAUAUUCAAAAUAUGAAAAUAAGUCGUGUGAAUAGUAGCUAUGCUGAUUAUGCAAUUUACGAACAUAAUUCCAACAAUGGAUUUAAUUUUGGUAAUACUUUUCAAUUAUCUAAUAACCAAUAUAUAUAUAGUAAUCAUCCGGGAUAUUAUGAUAAUAAUGUUACCAAUGUUUUAAGCCCAUACUUUAAUUAUAAUUUUGUCCCGGCAGAAAUUGAAGUCUUCAAAAUAACUGUUUUGUAA